AAAAUAAAUAAAUAAAAAUUUUAAAAAAAUGUAAAAACAAAUAAACAUAAAAAUUUAAUAUCAACCAAUAACGUAAAUUAAUUGUCAACUUUAUUAAGGCCCAGAUAAUUUUGUGUUCAUACGAGCAUUAUUUUUUUAUAACACGGCGAAUCUCUUGCUGUUAACUCGCUGAAUAUUUAGAAAGAAGAAGAAGAAGUUGAAAUAUUCAGAGGAAAAAUAUAUAUAAAACAAUACUUUAAUACCAAGUAUCCAUGAUAUUCAAAUCUUUUGAAAAAUAUGGAAGAUUAUGUGCGCACUGUAGUUGUGUAACUCGAUCACGACGUUUCAGUGCUACACUCGCCAGUCCCGCUAACGUCUCCACAAAUCUGGAAUGGCAAAAUGGGCCGGAAAAUAUUUCUUAUGUAGAACAGCGCAUCAUUAAGCAGGCUGACUAUUUUGAAGUGCACAAUUUGUUUAGUGUACGCGAUUUAUUUAAUGCUCGGGUUCAUUAUGGCCAUAAAGAAGGUUCGUUAGACGAUCGUAUGCGGCCAUUUAUUUACGGCAGUCGUUUGGGUCAUUUGAUUUUUGAUCUCGAUAAGACCGCCUCCCAUUUACGAGAUGCCUUAAACGUAACGGCACAUAUUGCUUUUCGUGAUGGCAUUAUAUGUUUCUUCAAUCGAAAUGUUUUGAACGCCCAUAUAGUAGAAAAAAAAGCGAUGGAAGCCGGCGAAUUUUCUUACACCAAAUUUUGGCGCGGAGGUAUCUUCACCAAUUCCAACGUACAGUUCGGUGCUGUAACAAGACUGCCGGACCUCUGUAUCUUUCUAAAUACUCAGAAUAAUAUUUUAGCUCAACAUACGGCAGUGCGUGACUCCGCAAAAAUGGCUAUUCCUACGAUCGGCAUUGUAGAUAGUAACUGCAAUCCUAACCUUAUCACUUACCCCGUGCCAGGCAACGAUGACACUCCGUGUGCGAUAGAGUUGUAUUGUAACUUAUUCAAAGCAGCCAUAUUACGAGGAAAACAAAAAAGGCGUGAAUUUUUGGAACCGUUAAAUGAAAAAAUUAAAUAAUGACUUUGCAACUAUUACUGUUACAUUAUAUGUAAUUUUCUCUUUCGCUAUAUUUAGUAAUAAAGUGCACCGCCGUA